GCAGUGUGGAAAGUACCAAGUGUUUGUGGGCUGAGCUCAGUCGCCGGCGCUCACAGCCCAUGUCCCGGUGUUGUGCGGCUCUCAGUCCGUUCGCGGUUUCAACAGCUCCCGCCGGUCGGUCUUAAUCUUACGCGGUCCCGGCGGCCAACCGCCCGCGGUGGGGGCGGUGUUACUGCGGCCUCGGUCUCCGUGUUAUGUUGGGCCUAGCGGUGCCCCCGACACCCAGUAAGACCCGCAGCCGCCGAGGAUGUUGCAGAGCAUCGGUCUGACGCUGCUGGUCCUGGUCGCCACUCUCCUCUGCGUCCUGCUCUUCCUGCUCUUCGGAUGGUAUGUGGUAUGGCAGCUGUUCCUAUCCAAGUUCAAAUUCCUCCGUGAACUUAUAGGAGACACGGGUUCACUGCAGGGAGAUGAAACAACAGAGACUGAAAGCGAAGCAGAGUUACCAUCCACACCUCUACGCCACAGACCCAAGUCAGCACGUGGGCGCAGAGCACCAAUUGAAGGAGCCACGUAGACAACCAAAUGAGGGCAUUAUUUCAUUCAUUUGGAGCCAUUGACUGGCUUCUUUGCACCACUACAGCUACGAUUGACUUGCUAUGCUUCUAUCUUAAUUAUAUAAUUUAAAAAAUAUUCUCCACAAGUAGAUGAGCUUAAAGCAUUGGAUGGCAUAAACAAGCAUGUGGCUCAAUUAAUUUACCAAUGUUACAUUAUUUAAUGGUCUCCCAAUGAUGAGAAAUUAGUUUACAUAUUAAUUGGAAUAUGUAAUUCCGUUCUAGAUUUCCUGGGUCCAGGAGUUCCUGGAUCAAAUUGUGCUAAUCUGACUGCUUGAGUAUAGGUUUGAUUUCUCAAUACUGAAAGAAACUAAAUAUUCAGGUCAAUUUUACUUUGCGGUUAGCACUAUUUAAUAGGAUUAUUGUUGGAAUUUUCCUGUAGAUGCUCACGGUUUUAUUCUAUUUUAAAAACGUUCUACACUAAUUAUGCAGAAACACAUUGAACAUGUUUACAUUGUGGUUAUUUUAUUUAAUUUCCUACUCCAGCUGCUUCCUUAUUUUAACAUGUUAAUGGAAUAACCAACAGAUUCUUAGCUAUGUAAGAAUAGCUAUUUAAAGCAACACAUAUCUGGAGAUCUAGCAACCUUAUUAGCUGGAGAAGAAUUACUGGUUUCUAGUGAUUGCUGACUGACAUUUGUUUUGAAAAUCCAAGUUUACUCGUUCCUUAUCUUCUCCAUGGUCUGCGUCAGUCCCUUGUCAGUUUCUGAGCUCAAUGAUGAUCUUCCUUCAUAUAAUGGAUAGGGAAGUUUCACAGCAAUCAUGUAGGAUUCCAAUUGUGGUUGAAUUGCGACAGGAAACCUCUGGUUAAUAUUUCUUUUCCUUUAUUUACUGUAACCCAGUUUGAGGAUGGGGUGAGAUAGUGGGUAAACAUGCUUUCACUUUUACAAACAGAUUCAAAUCUAGGGAUAAAGUAUCUUCAAAAAUAGCUAUAAGGGCCCAAAGUAAACAAAAGAUGGGCAAUCUGAACCCAGUUAUUUGGCAGUCUUAAAAAUAAUGUAGAAAAUAGUAGUGCACUUCCUAAGUCAGAGAUAAAUAAAUGUGUGGCAAGAGUGGAGGGAGCUUUGCACCAUCUAACUGGACCAUGCCUGCCUUAAAAAUGCUUGGUGCCCAUAAAUGAAGUGUUCCGUAGCACUGACAUCCUUCACCUGAUGAGCAACCAUCCCCAAAUAAUUAUGUGGCCACUUAGUGUCAGAAUUGACUUGUAGACAUUUGUUUCACUUCUGGGCAUCUUCCAGUCAUUGCUGUUGGAAGGGCGAACUUAUGUGUAUUGGAGGUGAUGUUUGUUUCGAGUUCAGUUUAAAUUGAAGGAGAGGAGAAAGAAAAACAACCACUGAUUUAAACAGCAAAAGCUGUCAGGUUAUUAAUGCGGGGCUUAUCUUGUUACAAUUUGUAGCUAUUUGUUGUGGAGCUCAGCUCAAGAUCACAAAUGACCUUUGGGCCAGGCUAACUUUGUUCAGUUUGUAUCUUAUCUAACCUACUGUCUUUCAAUACAUAAGUAGCCUCACCAAAGGAUCAUGGCAGAAAAAAAACAUUUAUUUUAUCUUCCUGAAUGGACAGUACAUAAAGCACCAUUGCAUAAACACAUAGUGUGGUGUUUGAUUUCUGUUCUGUUGAAGAUUAUUUAUGUUGCCUUUUAUCACAGAAUAUGUAAACCAUACCUGUAAGGACUAUAAAAAUAUGUGCUUUAAAACUGUACAUUUACAAUUUGAUUCAGAUAACUGCAAUAGUUGUGUAUUUAUAGGAGACAUUUUGUAGUUGAACUGAAAUGGAGCGUAUUUUACUAAUUGUAAAAGGAUUGAGCACUUGUAUUUGUUGGAAGUAUGUUAUAGGUGCUUUCUAUUAGUUUCAAAAGCAUCUCACAAAUCAUUUGAAUUCCGAUAAGCUGCUCCAGAUUGUCGCCUGGCCUGAAGUUGUAGCCUCCUAGAAGCUCUAUGUAAAGGUAGCUGUGUGCUCCUUCACAAUAGUAACUUCAUGUUCAAAUGUGUUUGGUAUAAAUGCAUGGCUAUGAGCCGCUACUCUCUAUGUUUCAGGUUAAGAAACUGUAAUGGUUACAAUGUACAAUUGAUAUCAGGGUUUAAUAUUUUUAUCUGUUAACUUUGAACCUGUUUGGAUACCUGCAAAAUUUAAAUUAUUAAAUGCGAGUUGGACUGCAAAACUCUUUUCACAUUGCAAAACUCUUUUCACAUGAUUAGAUUGUGUAGUCAUUUUCACCUACAGUAUUAAGAGAUUAGUACUGCAUUCAUUUGACAGAAUGCAGUUGUGUAUCAGUACAUUUUGUACGUUUCAUUGUUCAAUCGACUGCUGUGACUCGAGCAAGAGAAUAAAACUAAAAGUGAGA